UCUAGAAAAGGAAACACGCAAUUCAAGUAUCAUGGCAAAGUUGUCCAGAUCAAACGGGAAGAAAAAGAAUGGCAUGAGCCUCAAGACAGUGGUGCAAAAAUUUCAAAAGAGUUUUGUACCAGACAAGAGGUCAUCUGUUGAUCAUUUUGACGAGUUCGAGAACUCAAAGGAUAAUGUGGCUAAUGACGUUAAAGAAGGGCAUUUCGCGGUGAUGACUGUGGACGACGAUGAGAAGCUCAAGAGAUUCAUCGUUCCUCUAAGUUGUUUAACGCACCCUUCAUUUUUAAGGCUGUUGGAAAAAGCUGCAGAGGAGUAUGGGUUUGAACAUGAAGGUGCACUCAUGCUUCCUUGCAGGCCAACUGAGCUGGAGAGGAUUCUUGCCAAGCAAUGUAAUGGAGGAGCAGAUUGGAAGUGUUGUACAAGUCAGGACCUUUUAUGGUCAAAUUAAAUGUGGAAGUGGAAAAAUUGUCCAAUUUAAUUUGUUUGUUAACAGUUAAUACAAUUUGAUUUUGAUCAA